AUGUCUGCUACCAACGGCACCAACGGCGUCCACGCCGAGCUUUCCAGCUGGAAGCACUACAACGAGGGAUCUUUCCUCUUCACCUCCGAGUCCGUCGGCGAGGGCCACCCCGACAAGAUCGCUGAUCAGGUUUCGGACGCCAUUCUCGAUGCCUGCCUGCGGGAGGACCCCCUCUCCAAGGUUGCUUGCGAGACUGCCACCAAGACCGGUAUGAUCAUGGUCUUUGGCGAGAUCACCACCAAGGCCAAGCUCGACUACCAGAAGGUCGUCCGUGAGGCCAUCAAGGACAUCGGCUACGAUGACUCCGAGAAGGGCUUCGACUACAAGACCUGCAACCUGCUCGUCGCCAUUGAGCAGCAGUCCCCCGAUAUCGCUCAGGGUCUUCACUACGAGGAGGCCCUUGAGAAGCUCGGUGCCGGUGACCAGGGUAUCAUGUUCGGCUAUGCCACCGACGAGACCCCUGAGCUCUUCCCCCUGACCCUCCUCUUCGCCCACAAGCUCAACGCUGCCAUGUCCGCUGCCCGCCGCGACGGCUCCCUCCCCUGGCUCCGACCCGACACCAAGACCCAGGUCACCAUCGAGUACCGCCACGACAACGGCGCUGUCGUUCCCCAGCGCGUCCACACCGUCGUCGUCUCUGCCCAGCACUCUCCCGAUAUCACCACCGAGGCCCUCCGAAAGGAGAUCAAGGAGAAGAUCAUCAAGCAGGUCAUCCCCGCCAAGUACCUUGAUGACAACACCAUCUACCACAUUCAACCCUCUGGCCUCUUCAUUAUUGGUGGCCCCCAGGGUGAUGCUGGUCUGACCGGCCGCAAGAUCAUUGUCGACACCUACGGUGGCUGGGGUGCCCACGGUGGUGGUGCCUUCUCCGGCAAGGACUUCUCCAAGGUCGACCGAUCUGCCGCCUACGUCGGCCGAUGGAUCGCCAAGUCUCUGGUCAACGCUGGCCUCUGCCGACGUGCCCUUGUCCAGCUCUCGUACGCCAUUGGUGUCGCCGAGCCCCUCUCCAUCUACGUCGACUCCUACGGCACCUCCGAGAAGACCUCUGAGGAGCUCGUCCAGAUCAUCCGGGACAACUUCGACCUCCGACCUGGUGUCAUCGUCCGUGAGCUCAACCUGGACCAGCCCAUCUACCUCCAGACGGCCAAGAACGGUCACUUCGGUACCAACCAGAGCUUCAGCUGGGAGCAGCCCAAGGAGCUCAAGUACUAA